GGGGCCGCCCCGCCCAACUCUCGCGAGAGCCGCCGGUGGCGUCGAGGGAGCCGGCGCUGCGCUGCGGUAGGAGGUCGGCGGAGAAGGACGGAGCCGGAGCCGCUUCGCCGCCCUCCUUCCUCCCUUCCCUCCCUCCCGCCUCGCUCCCCUCCGCAGCCGGGAGGAUGCCGCGCUCCGGCCCGCUCCCCGCCGCCUUCUCCUUGCUGCUGCUGACGGCCGCGCUGCUGCCGGUGCCCUCCGCCGCGCAGAACGAGCCAAGGAUCAAUGCCAGCGAGGACGUAACCAUCCAAGUUUAUGGUCAGGCCGCCAUCACAUUACAGUGUAACCUCACCACCAGUCCCAGCCCCCUCUCUGCCAGCUACUGGGUGAAGAAUGGAGAAGAGAUUCCUGGCACUAGAAAAACCUCAAACACUACAGAAUACAAGAUUUUGAAGCCCAGAGCAGAAGAGUCAGGGGAAUACUUGUGCGUGUUUGUGUUUUCAAACUCUCCUGUAGCCAACGCCACUAUAGAAGUGAGAGCUAUCCCUGACAUCACCGGCCACAAGCGAAGCGAGAAUAAAAACGAGGGGCAGGAGGCACUCAUGUACUGCAAGUCUGUGGGCUUCCCACAUCCCGAGUGGGUGUGGCGCAAGAAGGUCAAUGGAGUGUUUGAGGACAUCAACAACUCUUCUGGAAGAUUCUUUAUUUCAAAUAAAGACAACUACACUGAGCUCAGCAUCACAAACCUACAGAUCAACGAGGAUCCCGGCGAGUACCAGUGCAACGCCACCAACCAGAUCGGCUCCACGUCCGUCACAACCAUCCUGCGUGUCCGCAGCCACUUGGCUCCUCUCUGGCCCUUCCUGGGGAUCCUGGCAGAAAUUUUUAUCCUCGUUUUCAUCAUAGUUAUUUAUGAGAAAAGGAAGCGGCCAGACGAAGUCCCAGACGAUGAUGAACCAGCUGGGCCAAUGAAAACCAAUUCUACAAACAAUCAUAAAGAUAAAAACUUACGCCAGAGAAACACAAAUUAAAAAUGCUUAUCAUGUAAGUAUGACUUGCACACAUCUCAGAAACGCGCAGACUAAAGUCCUCCUUUUUCUGUCAUGGUUUGGAUGUGUAAACUUAACUGGUUCCAUGUGCUAAAGUUACCACUGCUCAGAGGAUGGCGUGUGCCUUCCUGGCACGCUUCUGAGCGCUGGGGGGUAUCGAAGAUUUUCCUCAUGAGAUACGUAGGCAGUUUAAUGAUUCCUAGCUCCCUAGCUCUACGUAAUCGCUACCAUCGCUAAUAAAAAGAACUCCCCUAAUUCCUUCUUAAAGUCUGGAAGCUAACCUUGGUCGGAAAGCAUCUAUCUCCGUUUAAGACCGCGUUGGAUGUUAAGCGCUUUGUUGACGUACUGUUGUGGCAUGCGAUGUUGGAAAUGCUGUCAGGCAUUGACUAGCACCUUUUCUCAUUUCUUUUUUAGAGCUUUAAGUUUCUGAGAGACUGAUGGCAAUAUGACCUGCUAAAUUUAAGGGUUGGAACUCUUGGUUCUAGAACUCCAGUUCUGUCUGAUUUUUCUUUUUUCUUUUUUUUCUUCCUUUUCAAGUGAGCAACAAUAUGACUGUCUAAAGCAUGCCUUAUUUAGCCUCUCCUGCAAGGAUGACCUAGUCAGAUAAACUUUAAUACUGCUUCAGUGUAGAAGGUGUAAACUAUUUUGGGCUUGAUGUGCUGUGAAUGUUGCUUUUUUUUUUUUUCUCCUUACUAUAUUUAAACAUUAGGAGUAGUAAGUCGGAUCACGCAUGCGCCAUUUUUUACUUACCGUAGCUGUUAAAUUGGCAAAGCUCAAAAACGCACUGCUGCCAUCUAGUGAUACUUUUUGUAAAGUACGGCGAGACUUACAAAUAUAUACAGUAUAUAUUUAUAUUUGGGGGGAGGAGAAAAACCAAAAUCCAGUAAUCGUGUUUCAUUUUGAAGCUGCUGAUGUUCAUUCCUUACUGUAUGUCUGAUAGAUGAGAGGGUGACGCUGUUCUGGUGCAUAGAGAAGGAAUUCUAAGUUGAAAUAUAUCUUAAGGGCUUAACCUAUAUAGAGAGACUCGGGUGUCCUGCGGUCAGACUUCAGAAGCCGGAACAGUUCGACAAGGUGGUGGUGAAAUGCAGUUUGAAACAAAAACAAAACUUCAGUUUAUAAAUAUAUAUAUAUGAUUGCUUUUUAAGUGAUUUUUUUUUUUUUGUUAACUCAUGUAAAUUCUCAAAUCCUUUUGCACUGAUGUGUUCAACAUAUUCUUGUACAUUCAAUUCAGGCAAACUUUUAUAAUUUUUUUUUUGUUUAAAUGAAACGUUACAGCAUGGUGAUAUUCUAUGCAACUAGUUAUCUUUAGUUUGACACUGUAAUUUCUCAUGAUUUAAAGAUUGUAGAAAUAGACCUAACAGGGUUCUCAUGAUGUGCGUAACUGUAGAUGCAUGAACUUGUGUUCUGUGUAUUUGUUGAAGUGCAAUGAUGUAUAAAAAAAAAAAAGUGGAUUCACCUGUUUUUAAAAAUAAAACACUGACAAAAACGUGCGAGACUUCCAAAUAUUUAAUGGCACUUAAGCUGCGUACCUUGGAGCGGGCGUUCCAGCGGUAACGCGUUACACGUGGCUCAGCCUUCCACCAGUUUUUUCAGUUCCUUCUCCACGUCCUCCACAAACGCUGGGAAGUGUUGGUCCAUCAGGCAUAAGCGGAUGAAGGGUCCCAGCUCUUGCGCGCUCCACGCUGAAUGCCGGUACGCCAGGGGCAGCUCAAACUUCUGAUUCAGCACAGACUGCAAAGGAACAACAAAGCUGUUGCACUGAUCUCGUACAUACAAGGUAGCGACACGUGGGUUUUGUAACGAUGCAGCUACGUCAGGUUUUUCCUUCGGCAUUUAAUAAAGAUGCAUCUGCCUUGUUAUUA